AUGGUGAAAAUCAUCGUCCUUCUAGUCGCCAUCGCGCUCGCCGCCGGGCAGGACUGCACGUGCGAAGAAAGCGACCCCGCCGAGGCGGCGAAUGUCUUCACCUUCCUCAGAGAGGUGUCCGACAGCGAGAGCGAAGGCUACCCAAUUCUACCAGCGCUCCUGGCCCCGUUAAGCCCGUGCGCCAACUGCGGGGGCAGCAGGAAGAAGCGCAAGAUAUUCCCCGAGCCAGGGAACAGCGAGGCAGUCCAUCCCGCGAAGAGCGCGGAAGAGAAGAAGGACUGGAAAGAGAAGCUGGAGAAGUUCCACCAAACCGGCGUGAGGAACAAGUGCCCGUUUGGCUAUGCGAGGAUCGGCUUCAUGUGCCUCGACGUCGCCUUGUUG